CUGCUUGCACUUCGCAGGGAUAUUUCUCACAUCCCUCAAAAUGUAAGGCGUAGUACCGGUGUCACUCUAAAUGGUGAAGUAGUCGAACGACCGUCUGUUAAUUCCAGAUGGGGCAGACACAUGAAUACUGAUCCUGUGCAGAUAGAUCGUAGUCGUCUACAAUGGUACGAUUCUAACACUCGCCGAUCACUGGCACCGCCACCACCUGCAACCAAUCGCUCGGAGCCAUGCGGCCGUCUGACUGCAUCCGAACUAGCCAAACUCCCACUAAGCACCUUUCGCGUUCAGCCCGGACUGUUGUCUGAGAGUGCCAAUUCCUCGGGGGAUUCGCCUGCGAACAGCUCCGGCACACCGGUUUGCGUACGCAACAGGAACGAGAGCAAUGUGGACUUUUCACCCGGAUCGGCUUAUUUACAACCGAUAUCUCGGCUGGCUACCCUUGUGGAAAUUCAACCGCUUCAAUCGUCACCCGGUCGCGGAUUUCCCGAGUGUGAAGUCUGUCUUACGGAAUAUCAGAAUAAGGAUCGGCUGCGUCAUCUACCAUGCGGUCAUGCUUUUCAUUCCAAAUGCAUCGAUAUAUGGUUCAAUCAAUCCAGCACUUGUCCAAAAUGUCGUGCCGGAGUUCGCACCGGGCUCAAACGGUUGGAGCGGAAUCGAGCUCGCAACGUCACCGCUAAUCGUUCCACUGUCAAUGCCCCAGUACGGGCAAUUCGCCAGCGUACAGCUGCAUCGACCUCAGUGACCGGUCGAAGAACUGCCAGAAGAAAUCAGUCAACGUCACAUACCCCAAUACAGCAAGCCUGUCGAGCCCAGUCCACUGCGCGCGCCCGAAAUCAACUUUCAACCAGUCUCAGUUCUUCCCAUAACACGAGUUCAGAUAACUCAUUCCAACAAACAGAUCCACCAGGCUCCGCCUCGGGUGCACCACAAGGUUCAAUCGACCCGGACCCGGAUACCAAUAGCCAGUCGCAACCGCGGUCUUCCUCAUCCGAUCUGACUGUCCCGACGGUCGAGGAAGUGACCAGAAGCGCAAGUGAACCAAGGAGUGGCUCAGUGUCCGGGACGGCACCGAAUCGAAUCAUUAACACGCGUUCUACCGAGUCUAGAGUGUCGAAUAUCAGACCACUGCUGUCGGGGACAAUGGACAAGGUGACAAAUGACCUUUUGGUGUUUUUUGGGUUCUCACACUAG